GUACAUGUUACCUUCCUACGCCCAUUCCCUUUGCCUUCGCUACGACUCCAGUCACUCUCUGAUGUGCCAUGACUGCUAGGCCGACUUUCAUUUGAUUACUUCUCAUUGCCUCUCGUUCUGACUUUUUUAAUCGAGACAUUUUGAAGCAAAGCUCACCCUGGCAUUUUGGUUUGGAAGCUAUCACGCCUCUCAAACGAACGCCGCAUUGCUCGAGAUUUGGGGUUGAUGAUGGCAAACUCGACAGAUCCAGGCAUCGCGAGUGAAAUCCUAGGCCACCUUGCGUAUCAAUUCAGUCUCGUCCAACCCUACCUCAAGACCGAGCUACAUACGAUCCUCGCCGCGCUGUUCCCGAUUGUUAUAGGAGCUCAUGCUUCAUUGACGCGCCCUCCAUCCGCUGCAAAACCGCAAAAGAGACGUAAGUCGGGGGGGAAAGACGGAAAUGAUAGUGAGAGCGACGACGAUGAGGAGGACUCGUUUCAGCGCAUGGAGGGCUUCUCCAGGAGUGACGCGAUAUUGUUGCCUUUGUUCGCCGGGGCAACGCUCACCGGGCUGUAUUUCCUGAUCAAGUACUUGAAGGAUCUCGAUCUUCUGAAUAUGGUGCUCAACUACUAUUUCAGCUCGGUGGGUGUGUUCAGUGUGUGCAAAUUACUAGCAGAUGUGCUGCAGCUUGGGGCAAGACUUGUGUUUCCGACGUACUAUGCAAGUAUGAAUGGUAUCUGGCAAGUCAACAACAAUUUGAAAGAGGCGAUCAAUAUCUCCGCGAAGGGCAGGGAGACUGUGCGACGUUCGACGCCACUUCCAGGUCUCCUGGCCUAUCUUCCUCUGCCAAAGACUGUCGUUCUGGCCCUGUGGAAGCUACGACAGGACGUGGAAGACAAGAUCACGUUUAAAAUUUACGUGCACCGCUUAGUUGCCGCUCGCAUACACCUCUCGCCCCUCGGCAUACUCGGUGCAAUUCUCGGAUUAGCUGCCACGGCAUACUACAAUUUCGUAGAGAAGACGUGGUGGCUCACAAAUCUCAUGGGCUUCGCUUUUUCGUACACGGCAUUGCAGCUAAUUUCACCCACGACGUUUGACACUGGCAGCCUCAUUCUUGCUGCACUGUUCGUGUAUGACGUGGUGAUGGUCUUCUACACGCCGAUGAUGGUCACUGUUGCGAAGAAUCUGGACGUACCGAUCAAAUUACUCAUCCCGCGGGAGCCAGAUAAGAAAGGUGUCGCCCAGUUCUCGAUGCUUGGACUCGGCGACGUUGUGCUUCCGGGAAUGAUGAUUGCUCUAGCGCUGCGAUUCGAUCUUUUCCUCCAUUACUUGCGGCUGCAGAAGCCUACGAAGACAACCAAGCCUACUGGAGAACAAUGGGAGGAAGUCAUCAAGGCACCCUAUGUCGCCCCUAGCAAGCAUUGGACAGAUCAGUUUUGGACGCAGUCUUGGAUUGGCGCUUCACAUGCUCUACCUGAUGGCGUUGAGAUAGGCACCUUCAAGAAGACUUACUUCUGGUCGAGUCUCGUGGGCUAUAUCGUCGGCAUGAUCACCACACUUUUUGUAAUGAUCACAUUUCAACAUCCACAACCAGCACUGUUAUACCUUGUACCCGGGGUUUUGAUCUCACUCUGGGGCAUGGCAUUGAUCAAAGGCGAUAUCAAGCUCAUGUAUGAGUACACUGAGGCAGCAACGGAAGAAGACGAUGACGGAUCCGAUGCUUCCAAGCACAAAACAUCUGCUGACAAGAAAUCAAAUACUCACAGUAGUUUCUUCUCCACAAGUAAGGUUGAAAGUAACAGCAGAAAGCUCGACAAGGCUAUGGGUAAAAUUGUCGAGCAUGGCCAUACCACGGAUGAAGACCACGACUCCAAAGAUGAGGGUGAAAGCUCCAAGAAGUCGGUUACAGCGGCAGGGAAGAAACUAAGGAAGGAUACAGACAACGAUCUGUUCUACUUUGGCAUCUCGUGGUACAAACGCAAGUCAAAGAAGACGGAGAAGGCGAAUUGGAAGAGCACAGAGGGCAAGGUCGAGUAUGACAAUGAACAUGGACGCAAAAGGCUUAGGACAGCAUAGAAUAAUUCUUUGCUACAAAAGUCAUAGAAGGUCACCGGAUAAAACGAUUGACGAGAUCAUGUUAACGAGAAGAUAGACUUAAUCUUGGCUCAUCGAAUUGCUCAUUCUUGCAUGAGUAACGGCGGGAUCAGAAUUUUGCAGACGUGGUCGACCAGAGUGAUGGAAUCCUUGUGCCGUCACUCAUGAGAACAAAAAUCCAGCAUAUCCUACCGUUUCAAUCAGCAUUCCGUAUCGUCCUCAAUCUUCACUUUCUUGUAGCAGCGAUCAGGUGUCCCGCUACUCCUCGCAUCUUGCCGCAACUUGGGGGGAUCCAAACUGAGAAAUCCAGAGCGACAGUCCACAGGUGUGUUGGCUUUAUCUUGACUCUCGCUAUGGUCAUGGUGCUUUAUUUCUUUGCUAUCGCUCCCUGUUCCAGAGCGGUGACUCGUGUCUUCAUCCUCAGACUCAGAAUAAGUGUGCUUACCGUAUGCGUUCUUGCCACCGCUUUUUGUGCCAGACCUCGGCGUCUUUGGCGUUCGGACGGUGUUUACACGUGCGCGAUUGUUUGGUUUCGACGGACUGGCGUCUUGUUCGGAGUCAGCGGCCACCCCUUUCUUCUUGAUGAACGCCAGCCUGUGAGAAAUGGCCUUGGGAGUGCACCCUACACGCGUUUUGCAUCAGUCAGAAGCACGGAUCCGAAAUCAGCGAACAUCAAGGACAAACCGUUGCCCAUCGCGUCGGCUAGGGCCUGAAGAUUGACAGGCUUGACUUCGUGCACGCGGAUGAACGCGGCGAACAGCUGCGGCGAGGCGUCAGAACCUGCAUGGACUUUGUUCUCGG